CAUAUAAAUAGCAGACAAUGCUCGUAGUAUUCAUUGUGUCUAAAAGAUUUAAACUGAAAACAUUCAGAAAAAAUAUUCAUUUUGUUAAAGUAUAGUUUUGGGUAAAAUCAUGAAGUGCUUAAUAUUUUUUGUGCUUGUCGUUGCUGCAGUAGCUUCGGCUCAAAUGGAUCCAGAAAUGAAGCAACAAAUGAUGGCUGUGAUGACAGAGAUUGCCACUAACUGUGCUAAACAAGAAAAUGCCAAUCCAGAAGAAUUAACUAAUUUGAUGGCUAAGAAAGUACCUACAACUAAAGAAGGAAAAUGCUUAUUGGCUUGCUUCAAUGAACAUGUUAAAAUGCAAACUCCCGAUGGGAAAAUGAAUUUGGAUGGUGCAUUGGGCACAAUCGAAGUAUUCAAGGAGCCUGCCCCUCAAGUAUAUGAAGCUAUGGUUGCAGUAUUCAAGAAAUGCUUCCCAGAAACUGAACACUUGUCAGACCGUUGUGAUGUUGCUGGUAAAUUUGCCGAAUGUGCAGCUUCAGUUUCCCACGAGAUGGGUUUAGACGCUGCUUUAGGUCACUAAACAACAACAAAAAAUAUUGGCUCUAAAAACAUGUAUUCUGCGUACUUAGCAAUUUAACAAUUAGAAAUUGUUAAAUAUAUCUGUAUAUAAUGCUUUUAUAAAUAAAAACAGCAUACCAAUCCGAA